AGAGCGACACUGAGCAGGACACCUAAUAUCUCUGCAUAUCCAGCUCAAGUCUCCAUCAAUUAACAGUAAGAACCGAGACCAGGACGGUGUCUGGAUCUCUGCUCUGUUCGCCAAACUGCACCUUCUUUUUCGUUGGUUUUUAUUUUUCUUUUCCUCGUCGCACACAAACCGGAUUAAAUUACGCAUCGCACCUUUAAGAAGCUGUCAACGGGAUUAGAGUUACGCGCACCGAGCCAGGUCGGAGGGGUUUUACGCGCCGUCGGUAUCCAGAGGAGGCACAUUUCUCCCGCUUCGCUGGUCCUCACACCGCCGGGGAGCUGCGCGACACCAUGGCCGAGAUCGGGAAAGGGGUGACCGCCGGGAAGCUGGCCAGCAACGUCCAGAAGAGGCUGACCAGGGCGCAGGAGAAGGUUUUGCAGAAACUCGGCAAAGCGGACGAGACCAGAGAUGCUGCCUUCGAGGAGAUGGUGGCCAACUUCAACAAGCAGAUGACAGAGGGCACCAAGCUGCAGAAAGACCUGAAAGCCUACCUGACGGCAGUGAAAACGAUGCACGAUGCGUCGCGGCGGCUGCAGGACUGUCUGGCUGAAAUGUACGAACCCGACUGGUUUGGCAAAGAGGAGAUGGACGCGAUGGCAGAGGAGAUGAUAGAGAAGGAGAUGGACUAUAACUUGGAGGACACCGACACCUUGUGGUUGGACUACCACCAGAACGUCACCGACAAAUCUCUGGUCACCAUGGACACGUACCUGGCUCAGCUUCCUGACAUCAAGGCUCGUAUAGCGAAGCGUGACAGGAAGAUGGUGGACUUCGACAGCGCCCGGCAUCACUUCGCCUCCUUACAGAAAGGAAAGAAGAAGGACGAGGCAAAGAUCGCCAAGCCAGCAGCCCUGUUGGAGAUGGCGGCUCCCAGCUGGGCUCAGGGUUUGAUAUCAGCCCACCAGGUGGCUCAGACUAACCUCUCCUACAACCAGGCCGAGGAGGAGCUGGGCCGAGCUCAGAGGAUCUUUGAGGAGCUGAACGUGGAGCUACAAGACGAGCUUCCGGCGCUGUGGGACAGACGUGUUGGCGUCUAUGUUAACACAUUCCAGAGCCUGGCAGGUCAUCAGGAGAAGUUCCACAAAGAAAUGAGCAAACUCAGCCAAAACCUGAACGACAUCAUGACCAAACUGGAGGAGCAGCGGCAGCUCAAAAAAACUCCAACUGCAGCGGCAAAGACGGGAGACGGUGCUAAGAGUGAGGAAGCCAACCACAGCGAAUCAGCGAGCUCAGCACCAAAGAGGCCCGGUCCUCCUCCCAGUCGGCCUCCGCCCAGACUGACGCCGUCACCGGACCAGAGGCAGCAGCAUGCUGGCCAGUUGGAGGACGAAACCUCGGUGCCUGAUGCUAACACAGAGUCGACUGACACAGCGCUACAGGCGCCGUCAUGGGACUCAUGGCGAGAACAGGAUGCCACCAAGCCGGAACCAGAGCGGAACGACGACCGGUACCCAGAGGAUGCGCAGGGCGGCUGGGAUUACAACGAAAGCAGAGCCCAGAGCUACACUCAGCCCAGCUGGGACGACGCCGAGGGUCAGGAGAGCUGGAGCCAAGAUGGCGGCUACGCAGCUCAUUCGUACACCGAACCCAACUGGGACGACAAUGACGGUGCUAAUGUGGAUCAGGGAGGAUGGGGGGAUGAUGAAGAGAGCGCGGUGACCAACGGCUCCGAUGGUGAACUCCCUCCAGGGUUCCUCUACAAGGUGAAAGCGAUACACGACUACGCCGCCACUGACGGCGAUGAGCUGGAGCUGAAGAUCGGAGACAUGGUGCUGGUUGUGGCCUUUGACAACCCUGAUGAGCAGGAUGACGGCUGGCUCAUGGGCGUGACCGAGUCCAGCUGGAUGCAGAACAAAGAUAUUUCAGCCAAAGGUGUUUUCCCUGAGAACUUUACCCAGAAGGUUUGAGGACAGCGCCACCUACAGUUUCUUCCCCUCUGCUCCGAUCACCCCUCACACAUCUGAGACAUGAAGACAGUCGUAUCGUCCCUAAAUGUCUACCUGCAUCAACACAAGAUAAUGUUGAAAACGGUGCCAGUUAGUAAUUACACAAAACAAAGUUAAAAGACGAUAAAGAAUUUGGUUUCAUUUCUGAUGUUUUAGUAAAACCCUAAAUUAAACUCGUUAAUUUGUUUUUGUUCAUAUUUUUAACAAACAAAACACAAAGCAUGUGUUAGUUCUAUUUUAACCGGAUAAUUACAUCGCGGAUGUACUGUAUGAAUGUCAAGAUGUUUUAUGUUGUGCGUUGUCGCCGGUUGUGUUUUGAGAACUUUUCACGGUUCCCUGCAUGAAGCGUUUCGUUGUAUUGUCAUUUGAUUUGUACCACAACAAACACUGUGACAGCAGGUGGAGUCGCUCUAUGAAACGUGGCUGAGAAGUCCUAGAAUAGAGCCCUGGAGGACACCACCCAUCUGAACGGCAGAUUUUCAAAGUCAGCUUGUUGGGCUUGUAUGGUUUUCAACGGGAACAGUAGUCUGUCAUUUAUAUUAUCGGCCAUUUUGAGGACAUGACUUGACGUGUGGCUUCAGUUUUCUAAUGCACAUAUGGUUUUAUUUUGAUUUUUUUUCGUCUUUUCAUUGAUGGAUGAAGAGCUAAACGUGUCUGUCAAACUCAGCUGCUGAUUUUUUUCCUCCACCUUCUUAUUUACCACCAUUCUUUAGUGUUGUUUCCAGUAGAAAUCAGGUUUUGACGGCAUACUAGUCACAGAACUGCGGCCAUCGCUACCGAAACGCACCGCAGAAACCAAAGUUAAACCCAUGCGAAGAUAUUUUUACACUGUGUGGAAUAAAUGAAGGAGGAAUCAGUCUGUGUGGUAUCUAAAGCACCAUCUGUUGGAUCAAAUCAGCCUCAUUAAAGAUGAAUUAAACAA